AUGCUUGUUUGGCUUCUGGCUUUGUGGCUGGUGCGGGCGCUAUCGCUGGUAAGCCGCAGCGAGUAUGCCAGGGAGACAGGCAUCUCGGCGCUAGCAACGGCCGAAGAACGCUUGGUCCGUCACAAUGCAGACUUGGCUCUUGAGUCUUGCAUUCAACAAGACCUCUGGCAUAGAACUCAGCUACGGAGCCAACUCAAAGGUCUUUGCUUUGAGAUGUGCAAAGCAGUGAGUCUUUAUCCAAAUUGCCCACAGUGCGAAGGCAUGACUGGAAAACAGGCUGCAGCUCCUGGAGAGUUUGCAUCAACCGGCUCACCAGUAGAGGGGUCGAAUUGGGAAGGGCUUCUGUUCCACAUGGAUCAGAUGAGUCAAUGGGGACGUUCACUGAUCAGGCAAUGGUCCUCUCAAGGAGGGUCCUCACAGCUACAGUUUCUCAGCAAUUCAACUCUUGGCUGCGAGGAAACCGAUGUGAUGCGACGAGAGGAGCUUCAAGGAAAGAUCCUGGACUUUUGCCAAGAUGUUUGUCAUGACCAGGCCUGUGCUGAAUGUCACCAGGCACGUGGACCUCCCAAGAGCUGGCCACUGCUGAUGACGCAGGUUGAGGUGCUUGCCACCACUUUCAGCCGCUCCCUGGAGGGUGCAAGGGCCAGUAGGGCCAAGGAAGAGGAGGACCAUGUCUCGCUCUUUUGCUUCGCAUGGACACCACGGCGGGACUAUGAUGAAAAGCUCCUGGUCGAGACUAGGAAGCAGUAUCAGAAGUGCGAUGGUCACAUGUUCUACACAGACCAUGCCGCUCCUGGGCCACAAAAGGAGGGAGACUUUAUGCGCGUCAUCGUGCCCAAGCAGAGCGUGACUCGAGAAGAUGAUGGCUGGCUGUAUCACAGGAACAUGGUAGGUCUCAUGCCAUCGUGGAACCAUCUCGUACAUUCAGAGUUCGUGAACCAGCACACCUGGUUCAUCAAUAGCGAGCUGGAUCACUUCCUCAGUCCUGCUAGAGCCAAAGAGACCAUUGCUGCUUACCUGAAGGGUUUGCGGGAGGGUACUCCGGAGGAGCAGGCCAGCGCAGAUGGCCCAAUGAUGCUUAUGUGGGGCAAUGCCUUCGUCUUCAAUAGAAAGAUGGUCUUGGCAAUCAAACAGCAUUGGAACGUAUUGGGCCGAAUCGCCCAAGAAAAUGGUCCCGAUGAUCAAGCAACCGCAGUGGGUUGUCCGAUGUUUAUGGAAAAUGAGGCAGAGUGGCCCCAGUGCUGCUCCCAAGACGUUGUGUAUCCAACCUUGGCCAAGGUCAUUUUGCCUAAGCUGUUCAAUGUAACUGUUGGUGCUCCUGGCAGUGCUGGAUGUGGAAGCCCAUCAAAGAACGGCAAGCAGCAGGACUUUCCUUUGGGCUGUUGGGAGCUGCAUUUGAAUCCAAUUGAUGGGGAGAAAGAAGGAGGUGCUUUGCAAGCAAUCAAGGAACUAGCACAGAUGAGCCAAUUCCAGGACGAGAGGCAAGCCAAAGACUACUGUCAGAGACACAAGUUGGCUGCCGUUCGCGACAACUGCGACCGCUUCUGGCAGGGCAGGCGAGUUCCCUUGAUUCAUCAUUUGCACACUGUGUCGGAGCAAAAGUUGGCGCGCCAGUUACUGGACCACGACGCAAGGCCCUAG